AUGAUAUUAAUUCUGUUAUUCAUUGGUUUUAGUUAUGGGAUAAAUUUUGAUUAUGAUGAUUAUGAAUUUAAUCUAUUAAGUGAUGAUACAGAUUUGUAUUUUGAUGAAGAAAUGGAAGAAGAAGAAUAUGAUCUUGGGUUUUUCUUUAAACCAAUUUAUUCAGCUGUUGCAGACGAAGAUGGAGAUAUCAAACAAGAAGGAUUAAAACGUGUAGAAGAAACAGUUUUGAAAAUAGAAAAAGAACUUGUUCAAUUAGAAAAUGUUGAUCGUGUAGCAUUAAUUGAAUGUGAUGAAAAUAUUCCAAAAUCUGCUGGUGCUCGAGGUAAUGGUGAUGAGGCAGAUAUAGCUAAACAAAAAGCAAAUGAAGGAAAACAAAUUUCAGAACAAGCAGAACUUCUUAUUCCUCAAUUAAGAAAGAAACAAGAAGAAAUAAUUAAAACACUCCCAAGACGAGAGGCUAUUAGAUUAGCACGAAGAUUUGACUUACGUCAUAGAUUUGAUUUUGCUAUUGACCAAGAAGAAUUUCUCUAA